AUGGCAUCUUUCCAAACCUGUUUCACUCCUGAAUGGUACUACCAUGCGGUUUUUGAAUGCGAAGCAGCAAAGGAGGCGCUUUUGCUCGAGCAGUCCGUUUUGUACUGCCUAGCUGAACGACGAGUACCCAAUCGAGAGUUAAUACGUACAACAGAGGAUGAAGUCACUGCGUUGACUCGCAUCGUCGUCAAAAGGCUAAAUAUUAAUGUAGUGGAGAAGGAUAGGCCUGAUUACUCCAUGCAAAACAUUACCACCACUCAGGAGAAUGAAUUCCAGAACUUGGAUGAUACUUCACAAGUUGGCUUGAUCAAAAUGAAAACCAAUAAUAACGAAAUGGAGAUGACUUGUAGCGUAAAUCCAUCUCAGUUGUCCAUUACGCCUUAUAUGAAGCUGCUGAAUGGCAUAAAGGACCGAGAGCUUCAUUUGUGUACAUCUUCCUUGGAUAACGGUGCCCUAGUGGCGCGGAAGAUUUCCUGUUCAGGUGAAUCCAUACCUGAGACAUCAUCACUCUAUGAUGAAUGGAGUGAAUUCGAUGAAUUAGCAGACAAGCUGUCAAAUCUCAUUCACGUCGACGCUGAGAAUUACACACUGAAGGAACUGCGACCCUACCAGCUAGAAGCUGUUAAACGAGUGAAGCAAGAACUCGAGGUGUGUGGAAAGACCAUUUGCCAGAUGGCAUGCCGCUGCGGGAAGACACCAGUCGCCUUCCACAUUAUGAAGGAGAUUCUUACGCAAAAGCGUGCCGGGGCGAGCGCUCGACUGCUUUAUCUCGUUCCAGGUCUUUCCCUACUCCGACAAACGGUUAAGAAAAUGUACCAUUACGGACUGGAAGGGACGCCUUUGUUGCUUAUCGGUUCAGACCCGAACCCGGUUUUUCUAGACUCCAGCUACAGUGUAACAAUGACCACGGACUCGGUGUUGAUUCACGACAUGAUCCGAAAAAAUGAACGCAUUGCAGUUUUUCCGACUUAUCACUCAUCCCCCUUGCUCGAGCUGAUGAACGUUUUCGCGCUCACUGUCUUUGAUGAGUGCCACCGGGUUUGUGGAAGUGCGGAUAAAACUUCAUUCAACACCAUUCUUCACCUUCCGCCAAGCGGACUUCGUCUGUUUCUGACAGCAAUUUCUACCUAUGACACCCCCCUGCGGAUGAGCAACGAGAAGCUGUUUGGUGGGAUCGCCUACCGCUAUUACCUCCGUGAAGGUAUAGAUUCCGGGUACGUCAAUCCUUUUUCGGUUCGUAUUAUUCUUGGUGCUUCAUUAAAUGACAUGAAUCCGUACUUUUUCGAAGCUAUGAGCCGAGUUGACAAGAUGCUGGUGUUUUGUCGAAACAUCCAACACGCCGAACAGCUCAGCAGUGCAUUGCAGUCAGCCGUGAAUAUAGAGAAAUCAACAGAACUACAGCCUUUCAGAAUACUUGUGGCUCACUCGCGUAUGGGGGGCGUGGAUGUCGCCGACGUAUUAGAUCAAUUUACCAGGGCCAAGCGCGCCAUUUUGUUUAAUGUACGGCUCUUUCAGGAGGGCAUUGAGAUUCUGGAUCUGAAUGCUGUCUUUUUUGCAGCGCCACGCUACAGCUCGCGCGAUAUCAUUCAGAGCAUCUGCCGCCCACUUAAUAGACUUCCCAACAAGCCCAUUUCCUAUAUUUUUUUACCAGCUGUAAUCAACACCGAUUAUGCUGCAGAUGCUCCUAUUAAUCUUCAGAAUUAUUCGACGCUCGUUCCCUUUACGGAUGCUCUCAUGGAUGAGGAUCCGACGUUGUUUGAAUACAUGCUCGACCCGAAAAAGAAGAGCUAUGACAUCAACGUGGUCGGCGUUCGCUCCCUGAAGCUGAGUUCGGAAGAAAUUCAGCGGUUUGUCCUCCCUGCGAUUCGGCGGGGCGUUCGCUAUACCAACUCUCAGACCGACCGGCUCCAUCGCGCCGCGCGUUUGCCAUGGAAACAGGUAUUCACCGAACUGAGGCGAAUAGUCCUGGAGUGCAAUCGCUACCCCAAGACCAACGAUGCCUGGAUGGUGGGUGACACUUCCGUCUCGAUGAACCUCUUCUACCGCUACAUCCGUCGUGGGUAUGCCCAGUACUUGACUGGACAACAGACAUUCCUAGAAACGUAUCAGAUCCGAGACUUGGAGUCCCUUCCGUAUUGGCAAAUUUACGGCGUCGAUGGCCCAUACCCUUGGAAGAAAUGCCUUCAAACCCUAGAAGAUCAUUUAGCCAAGUAUGGAGUCCCGCCACCACUUGAUGUCAAUAAGGGUGGCUUUGUCGGACUUGAUGCUACACCAUUCGAGCGCCUUUCUGGCUUCCUUAUGAGAAUUAAUCAGUCCGACGGCAAGAACGAGCUUCGACUCGACUCAGACAAGCAGAGGGACCUGGACCGUGUCUGUAGUCAAUACGGAUUGCAGUGGCGAAAAAGACGCAGUAAGGUUACAGGGUCGUUGGUUCAAAAUGGCACUUCGUUCAUAACGAUAUUACAUAAGAAAUACCUCUUACUCUUUAAGAACAUCGAACAUUUUCCUGUCUUUAAGGAGUACUUGGCGGAGCACUUUCCAGGGUACCCCGAAAAGCAUGCAAGGAUGGAGAAUCUUGAACGAUUACAAGAAGGGCGGGUCCCACCACGCCACCAACCACAGCGACGGAGAAAGAGGACAACCGCAAUUGGGGAUUCAAGGCGUGGGGGCAAGAGUGAUGGGAAUUACAUCGAACAACACACACAAAAAAAGGAUUCGACAGUCAUGUGCCGGGUUUGCCGAAUUCAUAUCAAGGCGUCAGCGUACCGACUCCACAUCCAGAGCCAAGAGCACCUUGCUUGCCAAGAAAUGGAUCUUUCCACGUUGAAGAAACGAAACAGCACGAUAGAAAAGUGUUGA